AUGCUGCCACCGCUGCUGCUGCCCCUGCUGUGGGCAGGGGCCCUGGCUCAGGAUCAGAGAUUCUGGUUGCGCCUGCAGGAGCGGGUGACGGUGCAGGAGGGCCAGUGCGUCCUCGUGCCCUGCGAAGUCUCCUACCCCAAGGAAGGUUACACUGAGCACAGCCCAGCCUAUGGCUACUGAUUCAGGGCCAAAGGAGGGCCUCAGGGUACACAGCAUGUUCCAGUGGCCACAAACAACCCAAGUCAUGAGGUGCAGAAGGAGACCCGGGGUCGCUUCCACCUGCUGGGGGACCCCCGGAACUACAGCUGUUCCCUGGACAUCAGAGAUGCACGGAGAGAGGACACGGGGACCUACUACUUCAGGGUGGAGAGAGGGGGUUCUGUGAAAAUGAGUUACAUGAAUCAGCAGCUUUCUGUAACUGUGACAGCACUGACUCACAGGCCGGACAUCCACCUCCAGGGGCCUCUCCAGCCUGGCCGGCCCAGGAACAUCACCUGUGCAGCGCCCUGGGCCUGUGGCAGGAGGACACCCCCUGCCUUUUCCUGGAGGGGGGUCGUCCUCAGUGCCACGAGCACCGACUCCCCGGUGCUCACCCUCAGCCCGGGGCCCGAGCACCACGGCUCCAGCCUCACCUGCCGGGUGACCUUCCCCGCAGUGAACGUGAGCACAGAGACCACCGUCCGGCUCAGCGUGGGCUGGCAGCAGAUGUAG